AUGACCUCUGAAUUUGACCCUGCUCCUAAGAGAACACGCGAAAGUACUUCGAGGGCUCGAACGGGGUGCAGCACUUGCAAAAGCCGUCGCGUAAAAUGCGACGAAGCAAAACCCAUCUGCCGACGUUGUGAGAUCGGGGGUCGAAGCUGCGAAUACAAAGCCGCAAGGGCACCGCAACAUCGCAACGUCAUUACGGUAUAUCUACCUCCCACGCGGAGCCAGCCUCCAUUCUUCAUAAAUGAACGCGGCCUCGACUACUUCCAUCUGAACCUUGCCGCCAAGUUGGACGCGCAAUCCGAUUCAAGCUUCUGGAGUAAACUGGUACUGCAACUAUCACACUCAGAACCGUCGGUUCGACAUGCAGUAUCAGCCAUCAGCGUCAUUUAUCAAGACGUCGAAUCGUCCUUACGGGAACCGCUAGGCUAUGUCGAGGCUAAUCGCGAGGCUCAACGGGAGUGGAUCAAGGCGGUUAGAACUUUAUCAGCUCGGAUCCAAGCACAACCUGAUUCAAACCUGGUGCCUUUGGUCUGCUGCCUUCUUUUCACCUGCAUCGAGCUCCUCAAGGGAAAUGUCGAGUCUUCUUUGCUCCACGCUCAAAAUGGAUUCAACAUUCUAGGCACUCUCCGCUACACCAACGAUAAAGCUCCGUCCUCGGUCUCCAGUCCCUCUUCCACCGAAGUGAGAGUCAUCGAAGACCACAUCGUUCCUAUGUUUUCACGUCUAAAUGUAUUGUGUUCUCUUGCCAACAAAGACACGCCGUCAAUACACACCCAAACACCCAAGGAAGGCUGUCCCCACGACGACCUCACUGAUUCUAGACGACGGCUCUUUAAUCUCUCAGACACCUGCAUUCGGUUCAUCCGCGACACUAUUCCUGAAGCUGCCAAGUUCAGAAUUGGCAUGGAGGAUCUCGCCACACAGAUCAAACUCGUAGCAAGGCUCGAGACAUGGCGCAGCGAGCUAGACGAUCUGAUCCAUCGGACCUCAAAGGACGGCAGCACGGUGCAGCAGGACUUGUUCCAUGUGCUCUUGGUCAAUUACAAAGUAGUUUAUAUCUGGCUGCGGGUCUGCACGGAAGCUGGGGAAACGGCUCCGGACUCUUACCACGCUGACUUUCAGGAGCUUGUGCAUCAUGCGGAGCAAGUCACCAGCUUGCGCGGGGGGACGGCAUCACCGCAGCCGCUGUCCUUCGACAUUCAAAUCUUAGGACCCCUGUUCUUUGCUGUCCUGAAAUGCCGCUACCCUACCACACGGAGGCGUGCGCUGGAGGUGCUGAAACUCGCACCUCGGCGGGAAGGCGUCUGGAAUGCACACCACGCGUACUUGACCGCUAAGCGGGUGAUCGAGCUGGAAGAGAGGCAUCUCAACGGGCGAGAAUUGCCAGAUGAGGUUUCGAGGCUUCACGGUCUCCCCCUUCCUGAUGAUAAGUGCCGCAUCCACAUCCCGGGUGAGGUGCCUCUGAGUGUUCGGAAUUUUGACCCCAGCAUCAUGUUCAGCCCGGCUUACCCAGUAAGGCUUGAGACUGUAUUCCACACAAAGCCAUGGGGCUUGUUGGGCGAUUUUCAGAUGAUGACGGAAUAUAUCAAUCCCUGA